AUGGCUUCCAGUACUAGGGCGCUGAACGCCUAUUUCGAGCCUCCGCUGGAGAAGGAGGAGGCGGCGGUGCCGCCGGCCUGCGCUGGGCCCGGCAGCUGUAUUGACCUCACAGCAGAUGCAACUACUAGUAAUGCCAGUGUCAACAGUGCAGACUCAAAGCAACAAGAAGAUGACAGCAGCUUCUCACUGAUAACCUGGAACAUUGAUGGGCUGGAUCUAGGAAAUCUAAAAGAACGAGCUAGAGGAAUCUGUUCUUACCUGGCAUUAUACAAUCCAGAUGUCGUGUUUUUACAAGAGGUUAUCCCACCAUAUCUCUGUCUUCUACAGAUGAGAGCAGGCAGUUACACUAUUAUUCCAGGUAACAUAGAUGGCUAUUUCACUGUCAUAAUGUUGAAAAAAUCAAGAGUGAAGCUACUGAAACAUGAGAUAAUACCUUUUCCAACAACUUCCAUGAUGAGGAACCUUUUGGUUGUGCAUGUGACCAUAUCUGGUAAUGAACUUUGUCUUAUGACCUCUCAUCUGGAGAGCACUAAAGAUCACUCUAAGGAGCGUGUGAAACAGCUGCAAAUAGUGUUAGACAAAAUGCAGAAGGAGUCUGAGUCCACCACUGUUAUAUUUGGAGGGGAUACAAACCUCAGAGACAGUGAGAUUACUAAACUGGGUAAUUUACCUAACAACAUUGUGGAUAUCUGGGAAUUUUUGGGUAAACCUCAACACUGCCGCUAUACUUGGGACACCCACUCCAAUACCAACCUGGAUGCAAAGUACAAGUGCAAGAUGAGGUUUGACCGCAUUUACUUUCGGCCUGCAGCGCAAGAGGGAAAUAUUAUUCCACAAAGUAUGGACUUAAUCGGAUUGGAAAAACUAGACUGUGGCAGAUUCCCUAGUGAUCACUGGGGUCUUCUGUGUACCUUUGAUGUGAUAUUAUAAAAAAGAAAAA